UUUACGUGAUGCAUAAGCUCUCCUGGCUCAUCUGGCCGCGACGUAUAUAAGACUGUUUUAUACGAUUUACUUGAUACUAAUUGAGUUGUCAGUUUAGGUUUACGCAACAAUCUGUGCAGUGCAAUUUAAAAAUUCCUUUUCACUUGGACAGGUUUUGGAAUAAUUUAUUUAUUUUUUGUUAAACAGUUGUUAUGCGAUGUGAUUUAUUACAAUGGUAUGCACAAAAAGAAAUCUAACCAACCAUCGUCUUGAGAGCGUAACAAUCUGGAAUAUCGUUCUUAGAACAACAUCAUGGAGCAGCCCCUCGAUUUAAGUCAGAACAGCGACUCUACAAAACGAAACGAAUACGGCAUGGAUGUUGAGGAACCAAUAUGUCAAUAUCCCAACUGUUCUUGUCCCUUGAAACACAUCACCACCCUCGAGAGCCCAAAACACAGACAAAGUCCCCCCGGGACUGAACAGUACAUGCCGCAUUCCAGCGGCGUGGAAACGGCCUAUGAUGGAAUGAACUAUGACACUGGUCUCGGAAAAAGAACUUAUAUGGAUGAAUGUACAAAUAGUAAUUUCUAUCACCCUAAGAGACGAAAAAUAGAGAUGUACAAGCAGAGGAUAGCGCGGUCCACGUCCGAGAACAGUUUGACUGCGUACGACGAUCCCUACGCGACGCUGAGCGUCGACUAUCAGGGCUACGCUCCGAACGGAAGCAUACCGUACCCUAGUCAUGACAAAAAUGAACUAUUCUGCAAACCUAAAUCAAUUGGUGCAUCGACCACGGUUAUGGGGCAUGAAAUGCCGAUGGAGGGGAUGUAUCAGCCCAGCAGCGGCGAGGACGAAUAUCGCGAGAGAAGCUACAGCACAAGUCACAUUCAAAGAUUACCAAAGAAGCGUCAGUACGCUAAGCAGUACCCCCUAAACGCUCCCCCUCAGCAAAUGCCUGCACGUCCAUCGCAAGGCAAUGGUCACAUGAUAUCUCAGUCUCAACGCUACGCAUCUCAACGUAGCAAACCAGCGCCAAGCGCUACGGUGACCAGUGAGAAAGACGGGAAAGAAAACAACAAAGAAACAACGGUUAGUUCAAUAAAAGCGGACAUGAUACGGGAAAUCGACAAUUGCCCGGAUACAGACGACGUUGCGACAUUCCGGAAACAACUGUUUGAGAAUAUCCUAAAGAGUGCCAAACAAUCGCGCGAGAUGAAGCACAGCGGGAAAACCGGUGGCGGACUUGUGGCGUUGGAUUACUUAAUCUCCAAAAACGUGCUCCAUAGCGAGGAUAAACCAUUCAAAACUAGGAACAACCAUAUCCAGCAGAUUAUACGCGGGGAGAAGCCAGGCAAGCUAUGCUUGCUGGACAUAGUCGAAUUACAAGUGGAGAUAGGUUUAGCCUAGAUAGUCUCUUUGUAGAUUUUUUUUUUUUUUGGAAAUUAUAUUGACAAUCGUCUCAAUUUUACUGUGUAUUGAAUUUUACACACUUUAAUAAGAGUCAAAGAGGGGAGACAAUGUAGAAUAGGAUCUAAGAUGUCUGGUAGUACUGAAAGUACUCGCUAGAGAUAGAGUAAUUGAAUUUUUAUGUAGUGAAAAACAAACUAAAAUAGUUAAAAAAUAUAUAUUUAAAAUACAGGGACAAAUCCCUUUAUAGAAGGUUGAGUGUUGUAAACAAUAUAUUUAUUACAAAUGUUGUACAAAUUGAUGUUUGUGUUAUGAAAAGCUUAUAAAGUCGAAAUAACUGAGGAUGAAUAACAGUAUCAGAUGUGUGAAUAAUGGAUGUAUAUCACAAAACAUUAUUUUUUGUAGAAACAAUUUAAGUCAUACAAAUUCGGACAUGCCAAACCAUAUAUUCAUCUUCAAAUAAUUGUUUAUUCUCUGAAUACUUUUUAUACCCGAACACUAUCUAUAGUGUAACUUUUGAUUUCAGAAAUCUGGCGACAGAUCCAAAUUUAACAAGGAGCAUGCAUGAUAAGAAUGUUGUAAAUAACUUGUAUAACUGAAAACAUGUUCUCUUUAUAUAUUUUUGGAGUUUUAUACUUCCGGUGAGAAGUUAAUCGUCAGUACUUCGAGGCCAUUGAAGAAAUCCUAGCAAGAAAGGGACUUAAGUUAGAUUUAUAAUAAUAAAAAAAGUCAUCCCCCUCUCCUUCAAGUCCCAGUUUGCAUCGUGUAAAUGAGUGGAUUUUUUGCUUUUUGUUUCUCUCACGAAGUGGGAAUGCUUGUGGCGGUUUUCACAAAACCAAAAACAGCUUUACCAAGUUACAUAUAAUAUAGCCUGAUAUGAUGUCAUUUUGCAAUAUACGAUCUGUGAUGAAAGCGUCAUUAUAUAUUUCAUAACCCGGGGACUUUCAGGGGUAAGAAAGCGAAUGAAAGAAGGGAGGCUAAUUUGAUUCUGACGUCAUGCGUCAGAUUUUUAGCUUGCCAGUGUAUAUGGUGGUCAGAAAGACAUUCAGAGGCCAUGAUUUUGAUUUUUUUU